CCCGUCUUCCUCCCUCUAUUUAUUCCGAGCUCCACCGGUGGCCAUGAGAUCGGUAGAGGAAAGCUGAUAAUAAUACAAGGGUUUUGUGGCGAAGAUGGUGUCCUCGCCGCGGCUGUUCUGGCUGUUGCUGGCCUUCCUUCUGGCGGUGCUACGGCCGUCCGCAGCCGCGCAUGACUACGGCGAUGCUCUGCGCAAGAGCAUUAUUUUCUUCGAGGGGCAGCGCUCCGGCAAGCUACCACACGACCAGCGCCUCACCUGGCGCCGGGACUCAGGACUCCACGACGGCGCCGCCGACGGGGUGGACCUGACGGGCGGGUACUACGACGCGGGGGACAACGUCAAGUUCGGCUUCCCCAUGGCGUUCACCACGACGCUGAUGGCUUGGAGCGUCAUCGACUUCGGGAAGAGCAUGGGGCCGCAGCACUUGGCGGAGGCGCUUAAGGCGGUGCGGUGGGCGACGGACUACCUUCUCAAGGCCACCGCCGUGCCCUGCGUGGUGUACGUCCAGGUCGGCGAUGCCUUCCGCGACCACUCCUGCUGGGAGCGCCCCGAGGACAUGGACACCCCGAGGACCGUCUACAAGGUGGACCGCGACCACCCCGGCUCCGAAAUCGCCGGCGAGACCGCCGCCGCCCUCGCCGCCGCCUCCAUCGCCUUCCGCUCCGCCGAUCCCGCCUACUCCGCCCGCCUCCUCGAUCGCGCCAUCUCCGUGUUCGAGUUCGCGGACAAGCACCGGGGCGCCUACAGCAGCAGCCUCCAUGACGCGGUGUGCCCGUUCUACUGCGACGUGUCGGGAUACGAGGACGAGCUGUUGUGGGGCGCGGCGUGGCUACACAAGGCCUCGCGGAGGCGGAACUACCGCGAGUACAUCAGGAGGAACGAGGUGAUCCUCCACGCCGGCGACAGCAUCAACGAGUUCGGCUGGGAAAACAAGCACGCGGGCAUCAACGUCCUCAUCUCCAAGGAAGUUUUGAUGGGGAAGGAUGAUUACUUGGAGUCUUUCCGGAUAAACGCGGAUAACUUCAUCUGCUCGCUGCUGCCGGGGAUAUCUGAUCAUCCACAAAUCCAGUACUCGCCAGGUGGGCUGUUGUUCAAGGCCGGAGGGAGCAACAUGCAGCACGUCACGGCGCUCUCCUUCCUGCUCCUCGCCUACUCCAACUACCUCAGCCACGCGGGCGGCCGGGUGGCCUGCGGUGGCGCCUCCGCCUCGCCCGUGGCGCUCAAGCGCGUGGCCAAACGUCAGGUGGACUACAUACUGGGGGACAACCCGCUGGGGAUGUCGUACAGUGGGGUACGGGGCGCGGUGGCCGCGGCGGAUCCACCACCGGGGAGCUCGCUGCCGUCGGUGAAGGUGCACCCGGGGCGGAUCGGGUGCAAGGCCGGGACGGCCUACUACCUCAGCCCGUCGCCCAACCCCAACGUUCUGGUGGGAGCCGUGGUGGGCGGGCCGACCAACACCAGCGACGCCUUCCCCGACGCCCGCCCCGCCUUCCAGCAGUCGGAGCCCACCACCUACAUCAACGCCCCCCUCCUCGGCCUCCUCGCCUUCUUCUCCGCCCACCCCGACCCCAACUCCUGGUCCCAGGACUAACUCCGCCACCCUUGGCAAUUUGAUGACAGACAGCACAAGUGCUAACUCUGGUGGUAGUAAGUAGUAAACGAGUGACCGUUUUAAUUCGUUGGUGUACAGAAGCAGGAGAGUAGUAAUGGAGAGACGAUGAUGAAAGCGUUGCCUGUUUUAUGAUCCUAAGCUUUGUUCUGAUUC